GGACCAAGGGGCCUCGGGGAGACCAUGCGCGGGCGCCUGCCCGCUUCGCCCACGCCUUGUGCUCCAACUGCUUUCUCAGCCGAGCAGAAAAGCCGGGGGCGUGUUGCCGGGGCUCCGGGAAGUUGGGCGACUGGGCACUGCUGCCCGAAGACCGCGUGCACCUUCCUGCCCACGGGCAGCCCUGGUUUUGGCCCUUGCCACCACCCCUCAGUAAGACACCAGACCCUGCAACCCCCAGCCCAACGGAUGGAAGUCCAGGCUGAUGUCGCAGGGUAAUGGGCUCUCAGUGGCCCCGCCACGUGGUGGGCACAGCCGCCCGUUAGUGGAGCUUUGUGCGUGACACUGUGGACCCUCAUCAGGGGAGUGCUCUCAGAAAUAGUUACGGCCUUGGGUGCUAAGCAUAGCCAGGACACUGGGUUCCCUAGGAGCGCUCCAGGCUUAAUGAUUGUCCAGAAGGUGGCUAUAAAGGGAGCCUGGGAGGCUGGGUGGAGGAGCUGCAGAAAAAACAACUCAGCAGAUCUGGGCACUGAGAGCUACGCGGAGGAGCUGUGGGCAGAGGCUCUGGGUCCUGGCGGGGCCUGCUCCUUUCUACCAUGGCAGCCCAAGGCUACGGCUAUUACCGCGCCGUGAUCUUCUCGGCCAUGUUCGGGGGCUAUAGCCUGUACUACUUCAACCGCAAGACCUUCUCCUUCGUCAUGCCGUCGCUGGUGGGAGAGAUCCCUCUGGACAAGGAUGAUUUGGGGCUCAUCACCAGCAGCCAGUCGGCAGCCUACGCCAUCAGCAAGUUUGUGAGUGGGGUGCUGUCCGACCAGAUGAGUGCCCGCUGGCUCUUCUCCUCGGGGCUGCUCCUGGUCGGCCUGGUCAACAUCGUCUUCUCCUGGAGUUCCACUGUGCCUGUCUUCACGGCGCUCUGGUUCCUGAAUGGCCUGGCCCAGGGGCUGGGCUGGCCUCCAUGUGGGAAGGUCCUGAGGAAGUGGUUUGAGCCAUCUCAGUUUGGCACUUGGUGGGCCAUCCUGUCAACCAGCAUGAACCUGGCCGGAGGGCUGGGCCCUAUCCUGGCCACCGUCCUCGCCCACAGCUACAGCUGGCGCAGCACGUUGGCCCUGUCUGGGGCCCUGUGUGUGGCCGUCUCCUUCCUCUGUCUCCUGCUCAUCCACAAUGAACCUGCUGACGUUGGACUCCGCAACCUGGACCCCACCCCGGCCAAGGGCAAGAAGGGUUCCUCCAAAGAGGAGAGCACCCUACAGGAGCUGCUGCUGUCCCCCUACCUGUGGGUGCUCUCCACGGGCUACCUGGUGGUGUUUGGAGUGAAGACCUGCUGCACGGACUGGGGCCAGUUCUUCCUCAUCCAGGAGGCAGGACAGUCUGCCCUUGUGGGUAGCUCCUACAUGAGUGCCCUGGAGGUUGGGGGCCUUGUAGGCAGCAUUGCAGCUGGCUACCUGUCAGACCGGGCCAUGGCAAAGCGGGAACCCUCGCCAUGGCCUGCUGCUGUUCAUGAUGGCUGGCAUGACGGCGUCCAUGUACCUCUUCCGGGUCACAGUGACCAGUGACUCCCCCAAGGAUGUGGCUUUCUGGACUCCAGCUCUUCAUCCUCUCGCUGAGCUCACAGGCUUUACGGAGCACGAGCUCUGGAUCCUGGUGCUGGGGGCUGUGUUUGGGUUCUCGUCCUAUGGCCCCAUCGCCUUGUUUGGAGUAAUAGCCAACGAGAGCGCCCCUCCCAAUUUGUGUGGCACCUCCCACGCCAUCGUGGGCCUCAUGGCCAAUGUGGGCGGCUUUCUGGCUGGGCUGCCCUUCAGCACCAUCGCCAAACACUACAGCUGGAGCACAGCCUUCUGGGUGGCCGAAGUGAUCUGCGCUGCCAGUACAGCCGCCUUCUUUCUCCUGCGAAACAUCCGCACCAAGAUGGGCAGAGUGCCCAAGAAGGCCGAGUGAAGAGUGUGUGGGCUUUGCACCCUCCGGCCUGUAGCCUUCCCCCUGCACACGGUGGGGAGGAGGAGCUGCUCUGCCUCGCACUGCACCUUUUACUGUCUGCACCGUCCCCUUCGCCCAGGUGGCGCUGGAAGUUGUCAGUGGCUAAUGAGGUCCCAGUUCUCUAUCCCAUGCUCUAUUUAAAAGAUAACCUUUGUACUUGGACUCCAUUAGCCUCUAUUUCUUGCCUUCAGACCACAGGAAACUUCUGCAGUUGGUGGCCUAUCCUGUCCCCAUCCCCACUUCGGGCCUUGGGUGAGGCUGUCCCUGCAGCUGUAGGACACUCAUGUCCUGUGACUUCUGCUCUGCCCUCAGCAGUGGGCCACGCUAAUGCCAUACCUCAGUCUCCAGAGAGACUCUCACCAAUGCCCUGGCACAGUAGGGGGUACGGGUGGGAGGGCGAGAUAACUUGUUAUAGAGGAUUAAAACUAGAUUUGAUACCAAA